GGGGUGAGGGGGUCUCUCGCGCGCCGCCCGACUCAGUCAGUCAGUCAGUCGCCGGCAGCAGCACUGACCAGUCGCGUCGCUCCAGGGGUCGGCUCAGCAGGUUCGGGAGACAGCAUCCAUCAUGGCGGACGAUGAGAGAAGACGCAUCGAGGAGGCGAAGAAGGCCAAGCAGGCGGAGAUCGACCGCAAGCGCGCGGAGGUGCGCAAGCGGCUCGAGGAAGCCUCCAAGGCGAAGAAGGCCAAGAAGGGCUUCAUGACGCCGGAGAGGAAGAAGAAGCUGAGGCUGCUGCUGAGGAAGAAGGCCGCAGAGGAGCUGAAGAAGGAGCAGGAGAGGAAAGCCGCGGAGAGGAGGAGGAUCAUCGAGGAGAGGUGCGGCAAGCCCAAGAACAUCGAGGACGCCAAUGAAGAAACUAUUAAGCGUGUGAUCAAGGACUAUUAUGCCAGAACCAUGGACUUGGAGGACGCCAAGUUUGAUCUGGAGUACGCCGUCAAAAAGAAAGACUAUGAGAUCUCAGAACUGAACAGCCAGGUGAACGAGCUCCGUGGAAAGUUCAUGAAGCCCACGCUGAAGAAGGUGUCCAAGUACGAGAACAAGUUCGCUAAGCUGCAGAAGAAGGCGGCCGAAUUCAACUUCCGCAACCAGCUGAAGGUGGUGAAGAAGAAGGAGUUUACCCUGGAGGAGGAAGACAAGGAGAAGAAGCCGGACUGGUCGAAGAAAGGAGACGAGAAGAAGAUAAAAGAAGAAGAGGUGGAGGCAUGAUUGUGACGUCUUUCAUCUACAAACGCUUUCGUUUCGUUAAAAAAAUUGUAAAAAAAAUUCUAAUCAUAUAGUCACUGAAUGGGAUGUUGAAGACCUUGGGGGAAAGGGAGGGGGGGGUGUUUUGUAGGAUAAAAUCUGCCAAGAAAUAUGUGAUGUGAGACUUUGAAGAUAUUAAAUUGGUCGUGAUUCAGGUUUUUUGUAAAUUUUGUUUUGCAUUUUCUUAUGUUUAUUUUUACUGGGGGCUCGUCGCUACGGCUAUAAGAGUGGACAAGUUCGGCGGCAGCUACUCGGGCGCCAGCAGCAGUGUAGCCACAGUGUAGCCACAAUGUAACCACACUGGUGACCACAUUUGUAGCUACAGUGUAGCCACAGUGCUAGCCACAGUGUAGCCACAGUGGUAGCCACAGUGUAGCCACAAUGUAACCACAGUGGUGGCCACAGUUGUAGCCACAGUGUAGCCACAGUGGUAGCCACAGGGCCUUGUGGGAAACACGCUCUGUGGGAAUGUCUGUGGCGCUGAUCUUCGCUCGGAGAAGCAGCGCCGGACUUGUCUGUUCACGGCUCGUAGCUACAGUUGUCGCACUAUCCUCAUGUCGUGUGCUGCCUUAACGUCAUCAAAACACGGGAUGUACGUCGCCACCAGCUGGUUUAAAUAAACUAUACUCUUGUUUCCUAA